AUGCCGGCUAAACUUCCUCUUUUUAAAACAAUAACUUCUAGUGGUUUUAAUGCUGAUACGAAGCUUUACUCUGGAAAAGAAUAUACAAGAUUAUCACAUGACCUUCACCUGUAUGCAGAAACUAAACAAGAAUAUACGAAAAAAGUAGUUAGAAUUUUAAAAAAAUGGCAAGAGCAUGCUCGUGCUUUCAGGCUAUUGAAUCAAACUGAAUUGAGCCAAUUAAGCAGGCCUUUUAGUGAUGUAUGUUUGGAUGUAGUUGAUAAACUUAAAAAAGAAAUUAAGGAGGGAAGAAUAACGGAUGAUAAGAACCAACCCGACAACCCUGAUGCACUUUGUGGUGAUUGUUCGCAAAGAUAUCAAGCUGCUCAGGAUCAUAAUGACUUUCAACCUUGUGGAUGCUUGAAUGUUAAAUCUAGUGAUUUAUUAGAAAUAACCUCGGAAAAUUUAGUUAAAAGUUUCUUUGUCAUUUGCGAGAUUGGCAGCAUUAAAAAGCAACCGCAAUCGAUUUUUAGUAUACAUUAUUUGAAUGGUCGCAUAAAAUUAGUUAAUUCUAAUCAAGAUUGUAAGUUAUAUGAAGAUUUAGUAACUUAUUUUCAACCCUUACCUAAUUAUAAAAUAGUUACUAGAAAGGAUUUAGGUCUCAAAGAACAGGAUAAUCCUGAUGACCAUACCGAUUGA